AGCCAGUUGUCAGUGUCAUCUUUGCAUCUCAUUUCCCUGCAUCAUACCGUCCAUCUAAUUCACCAGUUGUUCAAAAAAACAAACAAAAUCCAUGGUAGACAAAAAAAAAACGAAAUUGGACUACCACCCCGUGAAAGUGAUAUGCCCGUCACAAGAUUUCGUAGGUUGUUCCUCCAGAUUUUUAGUGAGUGAAGAUGAAGCGACCAAUGAACAUAAAUAUUCAACAGAAGAUAACACUUCCUACGAAAGAACUAACAAAUCAGAAGACAUCCAUUUGAGCUCUCCAGGAAAUUCAGAGCAAUCCUCACAGAAGAGACACAAAUCGACUUCAAAUGAAAAUUCCAUAAGCAUACAAAACUCGCCUCCACACAAAAUUACAUUCCAAUCCGAUCAUCGAACUUUGGAGGAAGACGAGCCAUGCAUGUCGAAAGGUAGAGUGGAACCAGAGCUUGCCAGCCGGUGUUGUAUAACCAUGAAAGAAAAAGUCAUCAUGAAAAGAAAACUGAACGAAGAAGAUAAACCCAGUGAUUUCGCACUGGUUGAUGGAGUGAUCUAUAUUAGGAAAUCUGCAGUAGACGCAUGCGCCGCAACGAAGGGGACUCCUAAAUUUGAACAUGGAUCAAUACCAGGUCCCAAGUCUGAACCAACUGAACAAAAAUCACUUGGGGCAGACCCUGAAUCAACGUCAGUUGAUUCACCUGCGCUGAAAAUAGACAAAUUUGAACAACCAGCUCGUCCCGAUGAUAUUGCUGAUGAAUACAAAGCAGUUCAAGCAGCGGACAUCAAAGAGUGCGCCACCUGCUGCAAGACCCUCAAGUGUGGCCUGAAGGAUCUUCUGCGCAUGUGUCACUCCGAACCCGAUGCCGUCAUUAAGCUAUACAAUGAUCGACAAGGCCAUUGUGGAGUCCCAGACGAAGAAUCCGGCGAGGCGUUCAUUUUUCAAAUGGAAAAGACGCACGGUACAGUAUUCGGCGACGAGAAGUAUCAUUAUUUGAUGGUGGACAAAUCUACGCUAUUGAACGAGGCAAUUCCUGACGUUCCGGAACCGAAAGAUGUCAAAUCUGUGAACAAAAAAUCUGCACGACUAGCGGACGAAGUGACAUCUCGUGACCAAAAAAGAUCGAACAUCCCCAUAUUUUCCGAAGUACUCAUUCAGACUGAGCCACAACUCAAGGCGCCUUCUGAUUUCCACCUCCCAACACGUCACUCUCAAGAAUCGGGCAUGGAUUCACAGAAGCAAUCAGAUAAUACACUCGUAUUGAAACAACCGUCACGUGACACUACCCGUGAAUCGGAUCCAAUGGAUCUGCAGAAAGAGGGAGUCUCCGACCGGACCAUUACCACCAAAACUGAGUCAGAACCGAUUUCUCUCGCAGAAAUGCUGGAACCUCAUGGUCACUCUAGAAGAAUCAGCAUAAUAUGGGAUGAUGCGAUCGAUCCUGCAACGAAAAUGGUGAAACUAGCAAGCAGCAAUCAUCAAGAGAGACGAGUAAGUGCUAUAAGCUGGAGCGGCGUGGAUACUAUUAGAAAUGUACCCAGAGAAAAGGAAUCAGAUUCGCAAGGCAGCCCAUCCUCCUCUUCCGAUUUCCAAAAAGCAACACGCAAAGGAAUGACCCAGAAUUCUUUCUUCGAGAAUAUCGUCAAAGAAGAGAGGAAGAAAAACGAAGAAGCAGUCAACAGACCGAGAGGCAGAUCGCUGGUCAGUCCUACGGAAAGGGCCCCUUCGAAGAAAAAAUGGUUCGGGCUGCUAAAAAGCAGGAAACAGUCGGAUUCCUCAAAUGACGGGGCCCCCAAACAGGGAGCUAUCAGAAGAAGAAGCGUCAUCGAGAGCGUUAACCGAGAUGCGGACGAAGUAGAUUCUGCAUAUUUAAUCAAAGAUUUAUCGCACGAAGAACAAUCUAUAUCCAGCCAGAAUUCGCCAAGAAACAGUCUAGAAGCAUAUCGGAGACGUUCGGUUCCACUCGGACGUCCAGUGUUCGAGAAGAAACGAGAGAUCAAUCAAUACUUACACAACGUUUGAUAGGUUGUCGGUAACUAUAUUUAACUACAUUAUUAAAAUAAAUAUUUCUACAACAUCAA